AUGAGUACAAGCACGAACAGAAGUCAUCCAGUGAUUCAACAACCACCAUCUGAUCAAAAAAGUUCAAGACCAUCCUCUAAACAGGGUGGAAGAGGAGGUAAGACCAACUACAACCAAUCCGCAAACAACACCAACAACAAUGGUUCUAACACCACCAUCGCAACCAACAACAGCACAACAUCCACAAAUACCAAUCCAAGCAGCAAUCAAAACAGCAGAAAUAGAAGAUACUACAACAACCAAAGUGGUAGCAACAACACUACUAGUCCUUCAAGCAGCAACGCCACCACCAACUCUUCUAACUCUUCGUCAAAUCCAACCACGUCCAACCCUCAAAACAGAAGCAGCUCAAGUCAAGGUAGUGCAAGGGGAGGAAGAUUUAACUCUAAACAAUCAUACAACCACCAUCGCAAUCUUUUGGAAAACAUGAACAAGGUUAAUGAAAAUCUCCAUCAAGAAUCAUCCACAUCCUCUUCAUCCACAACAGCAACAACGGCUUCUUCAUCGACAACCAUCCCAUCCAAUACUUCCACAACACCAUCUUCAUCAACCAACCCAAUCAAUCCAACACCAAAAUUAUCCUACUCUGCAAUUGUUGGAGGACAAACAGUGACUGAUGAACUCAACGAAUUAGAUACCCACAAGCCAUCCAACUUGGCCAUCGCAAAGGAAUUAGUGCAAGAUGAAAACUGGAAAGAAAAACUUAGUCUUCCACAACGAGAUGAACGUAUGCAAACUGAAGACGUUACUCUCACCAAAGGAUCUGAUUUCGAAGAAUUUGGAUUGAAACGAGAAUUAUUGAUGGGUAUCUUUGAGAAGGGUUUCGAAAGACCUUCACCCAUCCAGGAACAAACAGUUCCAUUGGCCCUCUUUGGUAGAGACAUUUUAGCUAGAGCCAAGAACGGAACAGGAAAAACAGCAGCUUUCAUCAUUCCUUGUCUGGAAAAAGUUGACACAUCAAAGAAUGAAAUUCAAAUUUUACUCCUCGUUCCAACAAGAGAAUUGGCCUUGCAAACAAGUCAUGUUUGUAAAGAAAUUGGCAAGUACCUCAACGUUGAAGUCAUGGUAACCACAGGUGGUACUUCCUUGAAGGACGAUAUUGUGAGACUUUACAAACCAGUACACAUUCUCGUCGGUACACCUGGUAGAAUUAUCGACCUUGCAAGCAAAGGCGUUGCCAACCUGAACAAGGUUCAAAUGAUGGUCAUGGAUGAGGCUGACAAAUUGUUGAGUCCAGAGUUUGUUCCUCUCAUUGAAAAGCUCAUCACUUUCCUUCCUCCAAAUCGUCAAAUUCUCUUAUUCUCUGCUACCUUCCCCAUCACUGUUAAAGAUUUUAGAGACAAGUACCUCAACAAGCCAUACGAAAUUAACUUGAUGGAUGAGUUAACUUUGAAGGGUGUUACUCAAUACUAUGCCUUUGUGGAGGAACGUCAAAAAGUGCAUUGUUUGAACACUCUCUUCUCUAAGCUGCAAAUCAAUCAAUCGAUCAUUUUCUGCAACUCUGUGAACCGAGUCGAGUUGUUGGCAAAGAAGAUUACUGAACUUGGAUAUAGCUGUUUCUACAUUCAUGCCAAGAUGCCACAAGAUUUAAGAAACCGUGUAUUCCAUGAUUUUAGAAAUGGUGCUUGCAGAAACCUAGUUUCCUCUGACUUAUUCACCAGAGGUAUUGACAUUCAAGCUGUCAAUGUGGUCAUUAACUUUGACUUCCCAAAGAACUCUGAAACCUACCUUCACAGAAUUGGUAGAUCUGGUAGAUAUGGACACUUGGGUUUGGCUAUCAACUUUGUCACUUAUGAAGACAGAUUUAACUUGUACAAGAUUGAGCAAGAGUUGGGCACUGAGAUCAAACCUAUCCCACCUAGCAUUGACCCUAGCUUGUAUGUGAUGUAA